UCCAUUAAUUGUGAGUUGGUGUGCAUAAUAUAAACGUAAACAAAAGCUUAUCGCGUUUGGCGUGCGUGUAAACCUAUUAAUACGAGUACAAGCACGCAGAAAACUAAAGCUUAACUUUAUCAUUCUCAUAUUUAAACAAAUAAACGAUGAACUAUGAUGCACUGCUCUCACAGUUGACCGACGACAAGCUGGUAAUCUACGACAGCAGAGCCGAGGUGGGUGGUGGUGCCGCUGGCACGGCCGCCUCCCUUGUCGAAGGCGACGUUCAGGAUGGCGCCAUCGAGGAGGAGCAAGCAGCGCCCAUACAAACAAUACACCACAGGGCAUUAGUUGCUCCGGGAACGACUGCUGCGUCAGCAACGGCCAUGGGCACGACACCUGCAACAAGUGCAAACCUCAACCCAAAAUUGGAAAAUGCUGCGACAGCGACUCCACAGCGCAAAAUAUCGACGUCAUCACGUUUCAUGAAUGCGUUUACUCAGCUUUAUAGCGGCAAUAGCAGCAGCAAUACCAACAACAACAGCAACAAUAACAGCCAUAGCAACAACCACAGCGCUGGUCACGUGGAGCUGCAUAGCGAUGAUCCCGAUCUGGCGGCAAAUCGCACACCGACCAAGGGCAUGGAAUCCAAGCUAGUGGCCAUGUGGCAUAAUGUCAAAUAUGGCUGGACGGGAAAAAUGCGACAAACAAGCUUCUCAAAGGAGCAGCCCGUCUGGCUGCUUGGGCGUUGCUAUCAUCGACGCUACACCCCUCCCGUCAGCAUGGAGAACUCCACCACAGAGAUUACUAGCGGUGCUGAUACCCCGCCGGAUAAUGCCACAUCGGCGUUUGAUAGCAUUCAAGCAACAACCGCUACUCCGUCGUCCUCCAUAAAUCCGCAACAAAUCGAUGAGAUUGUUGUGCCCCAAGAGCUGGGCAUGGAUGCGGCCGAAAAUCAACUGGCCGAAAGUCCGUGGGAGGAGGGCAUUGAGGGUUUCCGUCGUGAUUUCUACAGCCGCAUCUGGAUGACCUAUCGGCGUGAAUUCCCCACUAUGAAUGGCUCCAACUACACCUCAGACUGCGGCUGGGGCUGUAUGCUGCGGAGUGGCCAAAUGUUGUUGGCUCAGGGUCUCAUUUGUCACUUUUUGGGUCGCAGCUGGCGCUACGAUGCGGAAUCGCAGCUGCAUUCCACAUACGAGGAUAAUAUGCAUAAAAAGAUAAUCAAGUGGUUUGGCGACAGCUCCUCAAAAAACAGUCCUUUUUCCAUCCAUGCGCUGGUGCGCCUCGGCGAGCAGCUGGGCAAGAAGCCAGGCGAUUGGUAUGGUCCCGCCUCAGUCUCCUAUUUAUUAAAACACGCCUUAGAGCAUGCCGCUCGAGAAAAUGCCGACUUUGACAAUAUAAGUGUCUACGUGGCCAAGGAUUGCACCAUUUACAUUCAAGACAUUGAGGAGCUGUGCAGCAUACCGGAGCCGGCUCCCAAGCCUCAUGUGCCUUGGCAGCAAGCGAAACGCUCGACCAGCGAUGCGCCCAAGCCUGACCAACAUUGGAAAUCUUUGAUUGUCCUGAUACCACUACGUUUGGGCACUGACAAACUGAAUCCCGUUUAUGCGCACUGCCUGAAGCUCUUGCUCAGCACGGAAUACUGCCUGGGCAUCAUUGGCGGCAAGCCCAAGCAUUCGCUGUACUUUGUGGGCUUCCAGGAGGACAAAUUGAUACAUCUGGAUCCGCACUACUGCCAGGAGAUGGUGGAUGUUAACCAAGAGACUUUCCCCAUGCACUCGUUUCACUGUAAAUCGCCACGAAAACUGAAGUCCACCAAGAUGGACCCAAGCUGCUGCAUUGGUUUCUAUUGUCCUACCAAAACAGAUUUCGAUAGCUUUGUGGAGAGCGUGCAAUUGUAUUUGCAUCCCAUGCGUUGCGCUUCUGGCGUUACCCAGGACAAAUCAACGGCACCAGCAGCUCAAUCCCAAUCUCAAGCCCAGCAACCGCCUCAAGUGGACCCGCCCGAGAUGAAUUAUCCGCUGUUCACGUUCUCGCGUGGUCGCUGCCUGGAUCAUGCACGCGAUGAGAUGAGCGACUCGCUCUAUAAGCCCCUCAUAUCGCAAGUGGCCGCCUUAGCCCACGAACUGGAGGGCAUUGCUCCACAGCAGUUGCAUGGCUACGAACAUGAUCCGGAUGACAGUGAAAGCGAGGAGUUUGUGCUGCUUUAAGGCAGCCAUUUGAUACACAUAUACUAUCUAUAUACAAAUAGAAAUAAGUCUUGAAUGCCCUCUCUAGAUCUUCCCCUGUUACCCUGAUGCGCAGCCUCAGUAACUGUGUGAACUGUGUUAUAUUCUUUUCAUUGCUUUAUUAUUAUUCUGAUUAUGAUUAGCUAUUGUAAUUUUGCGUUUAUUGUUAGGUAGGCCGUCUCGCCGUUGCUCGCUCGCUAGCUUGCCCAAAACUAAGUAAAACCGACGUGCAUCUCAACUUCAAAGACUUUGUUAAUAUACAGACACUCCCAUACACACACAUAUAUAUACAUGCAUAUAUAUAUAUAUUUAUAAAUUG